AUGCCAUUAGAAAUAGUGCUUCAUCUUCCAAUUCAAGAAGAUUUUGCCAUUGGAAGUCUAACUGUUUAAAUAGGGGAUAAAAUAAUAGAAGGUAAAAUAUUUGAAAAACAAUAGGCUAGGUAAAAGUAUGAAGAUGCUAUAACAUAAGGAAAAACAGCUAUUUUGGCAGAAGAAAACGAAAUGAAAUAGGAUUAGAUUAAACUUUUAGUAGGUAACCUACUACCUAAAUAAAAUGCUACACUAAAUUUCCAGUUGUAUAAUAUUCUUGAAUUACAAGGAGGAGCUUAUUGUUUCAAGAUGCCUAUCAAUUACUUUCCAAACUUUGAAAGAGAAAAUUAUGACUACGACUAUCAUUUUCAAAUUGAAAUAUUCUCUGAUAUUCCAAUAAGCUACGUGAGCUAUCCAACUCAUGGUUAAGUAAGCAAAAUGACUCAUGAUUAAGAUCUCUUCCAAGUUAAAAUAUUCAAAGAAGGAAAGAAUGUUUAAUGUCUAGAAAAAGAUUUAAUAAUCUACUACAGAACUUAAUAAAUGGAGCAUAUAUCUUUGUAUUAUCAAGAGUCUAAUUCUUAUCCUAAUCAAGUAGCUUUAAUGAUAUCAUUUGUGCCUUAAUUGAUUGAAUAAAAAAUCAGCGAAAAUGAAUUUAUAUAGUUGGAGGAUGAUAUUCCAGAUCCUCAGGACAUUUAGUUUGAACCUCAUAGUGACAAAUUAUUCAUUUUUCUUGUGGAUAGAAGCAUAUCAAUGGUGGGUUAAAAGAUUUAAAUCACUAUCCAAACAUUGAUUAUAUUCCUUAAAUCUCUACCUGUAAACUCUUCUUUUGAAAUAAUUAGUUUUGGGCUAGAUUGCGAAAGUCUUUCUCAUUAUAAGGGCCUAUUUUAUGAUACAAUAAACUUAAAUAAUGCAUUAGAAAUAGUUUAGAAAUUUAAAGCCAAUAUGCAUGGGAAAAAUCUUAUAGCUCCCUUCUAUAAAGCUAUCGAAGGAAUUAAAACAACUAAAUAAAAAAAGAUUAUAUUGCUCACUGAUGGAAUUGGAGAGGAUUGUGAUUAAGAAUAUAUAAAAAGCAUUGCUAUAGCAGGGAAAGGUUCAUUUAGUAUAGUUUAGAAUAAUAGAGAUCUUAAAGCCACAGUAAUUAGAGUUCUAAACAGAUUAGUAAAUUCAACUUAUAGUGGUUGCUAGAUUUAAUUUUCUGAGAGACCUUUUUUUCAUGCUAACUCAAUGAGAUAUUAAUUUGAAAGAGACUAAUUAAAACGGGGCUUUGAAAUAUACAAAAAUGAGUUAUUUCAGCAUUUUGCAAUUAUAGGGAAAGAAUAAUUUAAUAAACUUUAAGUUCAGAUGAAGAGUGAUAUUCACCCUCAGACUUAAAUAGGAUUAAACCACAAAUGGACUAACAAAAAUUUCAAAUCUCUUGAAAAAGGUGAAGAUUUAUUUAGAAUCGCUGCAAGAUUUUACAUUAAUUUGCUUCAAUCAACCGAAAUCGAUAAAAAAGUUACGAAAACUUAUUCAUUGUUUUAUUAGAUUAUGAGUAAGGAAACAUCUUUUCUAGCAGUCUAUAAGAAUGAUUAGUAGGUAUGUGGUGAGCUGUAACUUAUUGAGAUUGGAGAGAAAGAUCAAAUCUUUCUAUCAUCUAAAAGCAGCUAAUCACCUCAAAUUUCUAGAGAUGAAAUAAUUUAUGAUAAAGGAGGUUAGAUUUUGGAAAGGUUUUAAAGCUCUCCAAAACCUCAAUUUUAAAAUAAGAGAAAGUUUAGACCAUAGAAAUUUGAAGUUGAAAAUUUUUUCCUUAAAAGAUAGGAUUACUCUUCAAGUGAGUCUCAGAAAUCUGAACCUUUUUAAAAAGCGUAUAAUGAUAAAAGAGGUGCCAUUAAGAAAAAAGCAAAAAAGAAAGUCUAGAAUUAUAGAAGUGAUUUGAAUCAAAUAUCUAAGAAUAAAUCAUAAUUUAACAGAUAAAAUCGCCUAAAAUCGCCAAUCUUAAAACAGAGUAUAAUUAGAGUUUUAUAAAAAGAGGAAAUAGAAUUUGAAUAAUAAAGAAUUUCAUAAUAAGAUUAAGAAAAAGUAGAAUUAUAGAGUUUAUCGAGAGUUUAAAAUAAUGUAAGAAGAGAUAUAAGAUAAAACAAUUAUAAAUCUGAAUUAGUUGUAUCACAUUUAGGGGAUACUGAGGAAGAUAUAAAGUUUGAAUCUGAUAAAGAAGAGGAGAAAAAAGAAUAAAUAUUGCCUUAUUAUCCUAGGGGAAAUAAUCAUUUCUUGUAUCUUCGCGGUAGCGGUAGUAAUGUUAAUGACCAAAGGAAAAAUAAUGCUAUAUCAAAUUUGAAAAAGUAACUUAAUAGUGGUGAAUUUAAUUAGCCAAGAUUAAUGAUGAUAAACUAAGAAGAAAAAUAAAGUAAAAAAAUAUCAGUGUAAAUGCUAUAAUUUACAGAUUAGAAAACAAACCUAGCUAUAAAGUAAAAGCUUCCUAUUAUUUAGUCUCAUGCUUAGAAACAAAAAUCUUUUAUGGAUUACUAUUAUCUAUUUGUAAAAUCAGUAGAUCAUUUAUAGAAACAAAAACUAGCUAAUAGUUAAUAUAACCUUGAUGAUUUGAUAAAAAGCUUUGAUAUUCAUGGCUAUUGUAAAAACAUAGAAAUAGUUUAAUCAUUUAUUAAUGAAUUGAUUUAUAUGGAUUUAGAUUUAAUUAGAGAAAUCUACAAUAAGAUUACAAAGAAAGAUAUUCUGGAAUAAGUUUGGAUAACCAUUCUAGCUAUUUAUAUUCUCUAAAAAUUUGGUUAGAGAAAGAAAAAGGAGUGGGAAAGUAAAGUAACUAAAGCAAAAGGGAUGCUUAUGUAUUAAGGAAUAGGAAACCUAGAUAAUAUUAUUAAGAAGAUUAAAUGCGAAAUAGUUUAAAGUAAAUUACCUACUAUUUAUUGA